CUACAGUAACUGCAAACAGACGUUUCAAUGAUAUUGUAUUUACACAUACGCUAUCUGCUGGAAAGUAUGGGAGGAUCUCCUUCAACCCCUCCACCUCCUCCGCCUAAGAAACUGACAGACAGACCAUGGAGGCAACCGUCAACCUGGAAUGCAACGCUUGAACAGUCUAUUUUAUCAGACAUUCGCCAGUUAGAUCCCCAGAAGAAACCAAAUCUAUUGAUUCUAGGGCCGGUGGGAGCAGGAAAGUCGAGUUUUAUCAAUUCAAUUUUAAGUAUUGGUAAAGGAAGAAAAUGUGCAUCGGCACCAACAGGAGAAUCAAGUUCCAGCUGGACACUAGAUCUUGACAGGUUCACUGAGCGAAGUCUACUGAAAAAGUAUCGCCUAUUAGACUGCAUGGGUAUUGAACCUACUGUAGGACACGGAUUCCACCCGGAAGAUAUCGUUUGCUUGCUUAAAGGACAUGUCAAGAAAGGAUAUAAAUUUAAUCCUGCAAGCCCAAUUACGGAGUCUAGUGAGCACUACAGACGCAAUCCGGAGUUCGGAGACCAGACUCAUUGUGUAAUUUUCGUGGUGAAUGCAAAAACGAUCCAUUCUGGUAUACCACCGGCAUAUGUACAGAAAAUCAGCUAUCUGCAGGACAAGAUAAAGCGAGAACAUAUUCCUAGGAUUCUGAUCCUUACAAAAGCCGACCAACUCUGUGACGAAGUAGAAAGAGAUAUUACAAAUAUGUUUUGGAGCGUCAAGGUACAGGAAGCGGUCAAAACUGCAAGUGAGGUUUUCAGUAUUGACCAGGCAUCAAUACAUCCGGUCAAGAAUUAUGAAGUUGAUUUCAAUAUAGACACUAAGACAAACAUCCCACUUCUAAUUGCACUGAGGCAGACAAUGCAAUAUGCUGCAGACAGAGUGGAACGUGUGUUAGAUAAUGAUGAUGACGAUAGUGAUUGAUAGACGUUGAGUUUAUAACAGUCAUACUACGAGUUCUAUGUUAACAUGAAAUUUGUUUACAUGCCUCUUCAGAGCUUUUCUGGGACAAAUUACUGUAAAAUCGUUUAAUUUCGUGGGCAUGAAAUUUCGUGGUUUUGUUCAAAACCGCAAUUUCGUGGGGAUAUGAAAUCGUGGAUUUCAACUUUUGAACAUAAAAUGAAUUGGAAUUUUACUUGUUUGUUGGGAUUAAAUUCCGUGGAUUGACUCAACCACGAAAUCCACGAAAAUUAGUCCCCCACGAAUAUUAAUGAUUUCACAGUACUCUGUUAACAUUCUCAUGCAUUUUCGUUGUCUUUCGCGUUUUCAUUACGUAGCACGCAUCAGGAUAUAUGUCUGCAUUUCUUAGAUGCUGAUGGUACCAGUUAAUAAACUUCAGUUUUUUUACGCAACAUAAGGCUUCUUUUUACAAUAUGUAGAGAUAUAAUAAUGUAGCGUUAAUAACAGUAAUAUUCACUGUAAGCACUGCACUUCAGAAUAGCUGUUCAGACAAUAAAAAUACUGAAUUAUGAUUAUACUAGUUUAGUAACAUUGUAACAGUCUCCUGUGAAUGCUGCUUUUAAAAGUGACUUACUGCUAUAUAUUAUUUUGAAGAUAGCGUAAGUAAAGGGAACAGUUUCAGUAUAUGAUUCGUUAUGCAAUAUCUGAGUUUGAAAAAAUAUAUUUAUGUUUUACAACAGAUACAGGCACAAUCAACACGAGAGGUUUAACAUUUAAUACAUUUAAUACCUGUGACUGAAGGUACAGUCAAAAUUCAUGAACAUAAUUGUGCAGCUUCAGUUCAUAUCAUGUUUGAAAACUCAAAUCAUUUUUUUUUCACACAAAAUUCAGCGGACGCGUAUUGUUAUGCGUAUAUGGGUUUUCUAAAUGCAGGCGUACAUAAUACGUCUUGAAAUAUAAAACAUUUUAUCAGCUUGUACAUACUAGUGGGGGAACUGCCUGCAGGUACACAAAGUAACUAGGCACAGAUAUCGCCGUUUUCAAUAUAGUACACGCACGUUUUAUGUAGAUGCCAAAAUUUGUACAUAUGGCUUGAAUUGAAAUCCUAAUUUCAGUAAUAAACUUUAUUGAAGGUCCACUGUUUACUGGUAAUUUGCAGAUACGUUCGGUACUUUAUAGCUUUCUGCCACACUGCUUCAUGUGUUUGUACUUACACUGACAUAUCGUACUUACACCACUAACUGUUUCAGAAGUUUGAUGACUAAUGUGUUCAAAACAUAGCUGUGCUCGCAAUCAUUGUAAAUUUUCUGUUAUUAAAAAAUGGGAUUAUAAGCU